AUGUCCAACAAUUGUACUGAACUCAGCGUUGAAUGCCCUGCCGAACUCUCAGUGUAUGGCUACCUUCCCAGCGUACCAGCCAAUGCCUUCUUCCUGGGUUUCUUUGCCCUCUUCGGCCUGCUCAACUUAGGUCUCGGCAUCAGAUACAAGACGUGGUCUUAUAUGGUUGCACUGUGUCUAGGCUGUUUGACUGAAGCUAUUGGAUAUGUGGGCCGAAUCAUCAUGCAUAGCAAUCCGUUCGCCGACUCAGGUUUCAUUACCCAGAUCUGCUGCUUGAUCAUCGCCCCAGCUUUCAACUCUGCAGCGAUCUACCUCACCCUCAAGCACGUCGCAUUGUGCUUCGGACCUCAAUAUUCCUUCAUCAAGCCUCGCUUCUACACCUACAUUUUCAUAUGCGCAGACUUCCUCUCCCUGCUUCUUCAAGCAAUUGGUGGAGCGAUGGCAUCCACGGCCGACACUCAAGAUCAACAAGACCUCGGAGACAACUUGAUGAUGGCCGGUAUCGCCUGGCAGGUAGCCGCUCUGACAUUCUUCGCGGUGACUGCCAUUGUAUAUGUGCUCCGGGUGAAGCGAGGUAUGCGACAUACCCCCCUUUCCGCUGAGGCUGCCGCCACCCUGAAGGACACCAAGUUUCGACUGUUUGCUCUUGGUGUUGUGACGGCCUGGUUUACCAUCUUCAUCCGAUGCGUCUACCGUAUCGUUGAAAUGGCAGGUGGCUGGAGAAACGACAUCAUGCAAAACGAGACGGGAUUUAUCGUACUCGAGGGAGUAAUGAUCGUGAUCGCAACAGCGUGUCAGACCAUCUUCCACCCUGGAUUUUGCUUUCCUCGACUCUCCUCCAAAUGGAGUUCAGAAUGGAGCCAGGUCCCAACUACCAAGACCUCGCAAGACGUUUCGAUGGAGGACUUGCGACCUGGGAACACCGCAUACAGGAGCCCGGGAUACGACGGCUCAGCGAAUGCUUGA